AUGACCGACCGCUCUGCGCGGCCCUCGCCGCAUCGGUCCUCAUCGGCACUCGCACCUGCCAACUAUGCUUCAGACUCCGCCUCUGUUCGCCCUCGAAAUCGACGCCUUGCUAGCACACUCGAUGAUGACAGUGAUACCGCUACGUCCCGCGAAGCCAGCCGCUCCCGCCGUGGCCGUAACCUCAAUGUACACGAUACUACAACCUCUGCUUCACCUGCACGAAGUUAUGGUCUCUUGUCAGCCUUGAGUCCUGAUAACAGCCGUUCUGCGAGCCCUCUUCCCCAAGAUCGAGGGACUGCCGUACCACACCGUACCAAUAGCGCAGCGAACCUCUCCAAUUUCUUAAACGACUCGUUGACGUCGAGCUGGGCUUCCAUUCAGGGGUUUACGUCCUCUCUCAUAUCGGGCGACAAUGGCGCAGCCAGGAGGAGCCAAUCCCAUAAUCGAGCAGGAUCUCGACCUGGGACAUGGGGCAGGGACUUCUCCAGUAGCGGUAGCUCGAAGAAGACAGGUGGUGCGUGGGGUCCCGCGCCUCCCAAGGAGCCAAAUCUAAAUGACGUGGGCGCUGGAUCUCGGGAAGAGCGCGAAGCUGCUUUGAAAGCUGCGAAGAGGGCCAUGGUGUUAGAAAGCCACGAUGGUGUUAACGGAGGACUAGAUGUCAGUGGGAAACACAAACGCCGCAACUCCGACGAAUCUGCACCCGAACAGUCUCAGCCUGAGGAGUAUUUGGUCUACAUUCACAAAGUCGAGCCCAGCGACACUUAUGCGGGCUUGAUUCUGAGAUACCAGUGCCGCGAAGAUGCAUUCAGAAAGGCCAAUGGGCUCUGGACGCGGGACAGCGUACAGGUGCGCAAAUAUUUGACGAUUCCAGUCGAUGCUUGCGAUAUUCGUGGGCGACCUUGUGAUCCACCAUCAUGGCACAAUGCGCAUGGUGUUGAUCUGCUUGCUCCAACCCCUGCUGCGGAAGAGAGCGCACCGGCAGUCCACGAUGACUUCUUCAGCAGUCGACCAACUAACGGAACACCAUCGGCAACCCAGUCAGUCGAAGAAGACAGACCAUGGACACACGUACGAUGGGUCAAAAUCGACUCAUUCUCACAACCAGUAGAGAUCGCACGAGUCGCACGGAAUGCUAUGGGUUACUUUCCACCUCGCCGAAAGAAGAGUAUUAGGACUAUUUCAACUCUCUCGACGCCCCGGCAAAGUCUAGAUCUAUCAAGCAAUCCGCCUGGGUCUACGGGCACCUCGUCCCGUCGUCAAAGCUCUCUCGGACAUCGGCCGCAGCUUUCGAAUACCGUUAUGUCAAGCCCAGUCCGAGGCACAGGCACAAUUAGCGAAGCCGGCGAGUCUUUGCCUGCCUGGAUGCGUCGACCCGGAGGUGUUGGUUCAAUGGGCAUGGGGACACGAGCCCCAGGGCCAGACAAAGACUAUCUUAAUACGUGGACCAAGAAGCAUUUGCCUGGUCUAACACUGGAAGGCAUUCCCUCCAUGUCUAUAAUGGGCUCAGAAACAGCUCACUUUGGUUUCAAAUCCGGGGAGUCGUCAACCAUUGUAGAAAACUCCACCGGAGAGGGCCAAGAUUCUACCUCCACGCAACAGGGCAACGGGUUAGACAAGGCGGCUGCUGCGGUAGAAACUUGGCUAAGAGGCGCUCUUUCGCGCAAACCAAGCUCGCAACUGGAACGAAUACGUGGAAUGCCCGAGGGAAGGCCUGAACGGAACGGUGAUCUUAUAGAGUUGACUGACACUGGUAGUGAUGAUGGAGGGCCAUCAGCAGGAGCCCCGUCCGGCCUGCUGGAGUCCCUACAGAUCACGAGCAGUGGUCGGAGUGAUUAUGAAGGAGGCAUCCGGGGAAGGGUGGCAGUCAAAGGCGGUAAGGACGAUUAG